AUGACCUCUUUCACUUUUGACCAGUUUGUCGCCUUUGGGUCUGACAGUGCCGGCCUCGAACGCAUCCUCCGCGGCCUCCAAGCCCUCACCGCAAUCUUCUCAGCCUACCCAUCCCUCGUGGCCCUCGCUCUGCUAGACGCAGACCCGCCAUUCCUCGAUGCUCUCGGCCCGCUACGAGGCCACCUCAACCUCACGCGCCGCUUCAUCCGCUUCUUCUGGUUCCUCAACUCCUUUGGCACGUCGUACAAUCUCUUCACCUCCAUCUCCUCGUCACCGUCACCAUCUUCACCAGCCAAGAAGAGCCAGGGCGUGGGUCUGGAGACCUGGCUCGACAUCAUCAAGUUCACGCUCCUCGGUCUCUACGGCGGCCUCGAGUCCCUCACCCUCCCGGACCUCCUCGGCGUCCCGCAGAUCGCCUACUUUGGCGCCGAGCGCACGCGGGCGCUGAACGUCGAGGCGCAGCGAUUUUGGCUUCUUGCGUUGGCGGCGGGCGUCUUUGCGAAUUUGACGAGGGUGCUCAAGGCUUUUGCGUACGCGCCGGUGCCGCAGCAUGGGCAUGGGUACGGCACGGGGGAAAAGCCGGAUGAGAAGAAGGCUGCCGUUGAGGGAGGUACUGAGAAGGAAGCUGCUUCUGUGUCUGACGAAAAGAAGGGCGACGGGGGAGGAGAGGACGAGAAGCUCGAUUGGGAGGCUGAGCGUACUCGUCUCCGGGCUAUUGUCAUGAAGAGGCGGGAGGAUAGGAAGCGGUGGCGGAGGGAGGUCGCGGUCAAGGUCAAGAGUCUUGGGCGCAAGAUCUUUUCCGACUCGUUGGAUUGCCUUAUUCCGGGCGUGAUUCUGGGCUGGGUCAACGUUCAGCCGGGGACUGUUGGGAUUGCCAUGCUCAUCACUACCGUCUUGAGCAGUAGAGAUAUUUGGGAUAGAUGCGGUGCGACUGUUGGUCAGCGAAGGAGCUCUUGA